AACGUGAAGUUAACACGAGUUUACACGAGAUGGACCGGUAUGUGUUGGUUAUUUCCUGUUGUCAAACUGACGACGACGUGGCGGAGGACGAUACAUGUCUGGAGCCAGUGAAGCGCAUAUAUGACAGACUGGUGGACAUUUCAACCCAGGAGUCAGUAGGGAUCUCUGUGUUUCCAGCUUGUUCUCUAAAUGGCAGCCCAUCAGCCCAGAGGUGGUACUUUGCUGUUCAGGCUUGCCAGGGAGUAUCACAAUUUUGCAGCUCGGACUGGGAAGAGUUGGGCACAGGCCAUCAGAAACCUGACAGUGAGGAGGCGAAACCUACUGCUGUGGAGUCAUGUCUCAGUUCUCUGAGUAAUCAGGAGGCACUGGAUCAAAAGGCUGACCAGCCAACACUGACAGAGUUGUUGGAGGAGGCUGCAGAAGGACUGCAUCUACUGUCAGACAAGCUACCACCCCCAGGUAAAGCCCUGCUGGAUGUGAUGGUGUUGGGCUCUGCUGAGCAAUCCCCUCCUAUUAAAGACCUGCUGCCUCUGCUGGGAGCCCUCAAACACAUGUCCUGCUGGCAUGGUGCAAAGAUAAAUGUAGUCACACAGCACACGACUGGGUGGCAGAAAGCAGCAUCCUACCUGAGUGCUGGUCUGGUGGAGCCUGGCGACCUGGAUAGCUGUAUCGACUACAGAGAACUAUGGAGGGGCGGCCUGGUUAUCAGAGAAAGGAAGUAUGUGUCAGAGCUCCGUUUCGAUGGCUUUUCUCUGCGCUCUCCAGUGCAUCACAUAUCAGGGUCCAGUCUCCUGCAGGCUUCCUACACCACUACAGACCACAAACUACAGUCUGAGGUCUUCCAUUACUACACACCAGUUUUGGACUUGGUUCAGCUGGUUAAUCUAUUAGACCUGCCCAGCUUUCUGAUGUCCAGCACCCACUUUGAACUAGGUCUGUGUGGGAAGUCAGCUAAAGCUAAACUCCUAUUGGACCAGCUGAGGUCACUGCGUGGAGAGGUUGGAGCAUUGUUCAGCCUGUCAUGUAUAGUCACCCCCAUCGCUCAGCCCACAGCCAGCCAACUCAGCUCCCAGCGCUGGAGGGAGUCUAUAGCCAGGAGACCAAAGUCCUUACCUGUAGCGCCUGACGUAGAGGUGAAAGGUGAAAGCGCUCACUACUUCCUGCUGGUCCAGGGCUCAGACGAUGUUGGGUGUGGAGCCUGCAGGGUCAGGAUGUUGCACUCAGACAGUCAAAUUAAUGGAGCAGCUGCUAUGGCAACCGUCACCAGGUUGCUGAAAGAGAAGUCUCUGUCAUCAUCAGGAGCUGUAGGCGACAUCUUCCGCCCUCUGCCCUGUCUCCAAGGAGACAGCCUGCUGAAGAGAGAGAGGAAGGUGACCCAGGUUCAGACUCUGGUACUCAAAGAAUAUCUCAGACAGAAAGAAGAAGCAUCAGCCUCAACCUCAAUACCAGUCAACGACUUGAAGGUCAUUCUGAGUUUGGCCAGGGAGCAAUAUCUGAAGAUGAUUGACUCCACUCUGCCCUCUGCUGACACCUGUCUGACACACGAGCAGGAGACUGCCAGGACCUCAGGUUUUCAGACCAUUUUCCAACAGCCAUCUGACUGGCCUGAGAGGAGUGUCCUCCACAACAUAGAGAACCUGCAGAGGAGACGACAGAAGAGGAAAUUUGGAUUGUUAGGACCAGGCUCUAGUGACAGCCUGCUUGGUCCUAAAGACGGUCAAAAGGGCUCCUCUGCUCUACUAGACGCCAAAGAGCUUCUGAAACACUUCACAUCUGAUGGUUUGCCCACUGCAGAGCUACAACCACUGACUAUCAAUAGAGGUAAUAAUGUGUUUCAGAUGUCACCAGACCUCUCUCCUCGGAGAGUCAGCCAGAUGCCCUUCAACAAGGCCUCAGCCUCGCAUUACCACGGCAUAGAUUUCUGCCUGGAUAAUCAACGGUCCUUGGAUCGGGACCAGGCUUUUGUACGGCUCCAGUCCCGUCUGAUUCGGCACGAGACCCAAACCACCUGCUCCAAAGAGCCGUGUGCCCUCCCCUUUGCCCUCAGUCCCGCCCCCUCCCCUGCUGUGAUGUCAGAACCAGGAAGCGUGCCUGACGGAGAGACUCUGCAGAAUGCUGAUGUAGCUCGACUUAAGCGCAGGUCCUGGGACACGGACAUAAUUGGAGGUUAUCCUCGCAAGAGGCUGGUGAAGUCAGAGAGCAGCGACUCCCUCUGUUCUCAGAGCAGUGGCAGCAGUGGGACACAUCCUGCCAUUAGGUCUCUUAGACAGCAGCCGAGCAGAUCCCAGUCCACAUCUGCCUCCAUUAGCUCUUCUUCCUCUUUAGCCACAAGACGGACAUCCUCAGGUUUGGUGACUAUUCCCUCUGCUGACAAACCUAAACCUCAACAGCAGAAGACACAUCAUGUGCAAACAGAGGACAAACCUACCAAAGAGUCACGCUCCCAGAAACACAACAGGAUGUUGCAGGAGGUGGUAGUUAAAGCACUCAAACACCAUGGGAUCACUGCUGAGCAUGAGUGCUUUGAGGCCUGCAGCAAAAGACUGUUUGAUAUCUCGAAAUUCUAUCUCAAGGAUCUUAGGACAUCUCGGGGCCUGCAUGAUGAGAUGAAGAAGGCAGCUAGCAGCAACGUUAAACAGGUCAUUGACUGGGUGCUGGAGAAGACCUCAGAGAAGUGAAGAUGAUCUUAAAGAAUAAGUGGAAACACUUCUGACAGUUUUUGUCCAAAACUGUGCUAGGUCACUAGAUUUAUGUUCUGAAUUCUGCAGUUGUGUUGUGCUCAUCCACCAUGAUCUACUCCCACUGCUCUAGAGCCUUGAAACAAAAAAAACUGAGACAAGGCGACAUAGUACACUCUGCUCUGACUGCAGUCACUGAGAGGCCACAAGGGCUUCGAUGUUGGCUUCAGGUUGCAGUUUUCUUUUCUUUGUAGCUGUUUUCAAACAUGA